CAUGGUGUGUGGUGGUGGUGGGAGCCAGUCAUUCAUAGCAAAGACAUUUCGAGUCCGACGGAAUUCGUACCGGCGCAUAUGAUCUAGUGAGCUAACUGUGCUUCACAAUAUUUUCAUUUUGGAAGUGAGAAGACUUUUUCGGCCUUCGAGAUGGCAGCUUUGGGGGCUGUGAAUCGACUUUUCUUAUGUAAGUUUGCCAAGUCCAGCAGCAGUACUGUAAGCCUGUGUGUAAGUAGAUGGCAGUCAACGGCAGCUGCAGCAGCCUUUGCUCGGCAGCACACCCCAGACAUUCAGGAGAACAGGAAACCGAAGACUGGAAUUCUCAUGAUGAACAUGGGUGGCCCAGAAAAGCUUGAUGAUGUCCAUGAAUUCCUCUUACGACUCUUCUCAGACAGGGACCUCAUGCAGCUUCCCGUGCAAGACAAACUUGGGCCCUUUAUCGCCAAGCGCCGCACCCCAAAGAUCCAGGAGCAGUACAGUCGAAUUGGGGGCGGCUCCCCUAUUAAGCAGUGGACCACCUUGCAGGGCGAGGGCAUGAUCAAACUGCUAGAUGAGAUGUGUCCAGAUACAGCUCCACACAAGUUCUACAUUGGCUUUCGCUACGUACACCCGCUCACAGAAGAGGCCAUCGAGGAGAUGGAGAGAGAUGGGGUGGAGAGAGCAGUGGCCUUCACUCAGUACCCCCAAUACAGCUGCUCUACCACAGGAAGCAGUUUGAACGCUAUCUAUCGCUACUAUAGUGAAAAGAAGGACCAGCCCAAGAUGCGCUGGAGUGUUAUUGACCGGUGGCCCACACAUCCUCUGCUGGUUGAGUGCUUUGCCCAGCACAUAAAGAAUGAGCUGGAGAAGUUUCCCGCAGAGAAGAGGGACGAUGUGGUCAUCCUGUUCUCGGCCCACUCGCUGCCCAUGUCUGUGGUGAACCGAGGUGAUCCAUACCCGCAGGAGGUGGGUGCCACUGUGCAGAGGGUCAUGGAGAGGUUAGAUCACUGCAAUCCCUACCGACUAGUCUGGCAAUCUAAGGUGGGCCCUAUGCCCUGGCUGGGCCCUCAGACCGAUGAUGUGAUAAAGGGCCUGUCGGAGCGUGGCAAGAAGAACCUGCUGCUGGUGCCCAUCGCCUUCACCAGCGACCACAUCGAGACGCUCCACGAGCUGGACAUCGAGUACUCCCAGGUGCUCGGGGAGGAGUGUGGUGCAGAGAACAUCCGGAGAGCAGAAUCUCUCAACGGGAACCCUCUCUUCUUUAAGGCUCUUGCGGAUCUGGUCCAGGCGCACCUGAAGUCGGACAAGUCCUGCUCCCGCCAGCUCACGCUCCGCUGCCCCUUGUGUGUGAACCCCACCUGUGGGAAAGCCAAGGCCUUCUUCGCCAAUCAGAAGCGCUGACCUCUGACCCCCUACGCCCUUUGUGAGCUGUCCAAUCAUGAAGAGGAGCAGCUCCAGUCCCACCACUAAACGCAACAAAAAGCCAAGAGAAGAUCUCGGCUAUAGAGAGCCCAGCAUCGCACAAAUAGACUUGUCUUUUUUCUUCUUUUUUUUUUUUGUCUUGCCGUGUUUCACCCCCCCGCUUACAUUCCAUGCGAUCUCCAAACUGCUCCUUGUGUCAAGGCUGCUGGAGGAGGAGGAGGAGAAGCCCCGGGGCUCCCCUGUGAGAACUCUCAAACUCUACAUUUCCUCCUAUCCUGAGCCACCAGCUUUGGCUCUUGCUGAGGAGGACUCGGGGCACAGUCGCCUGUUGGCUGCUUUUCUCUGCUGGAAUGGGCCGGCUGUGAUGCCUCCUCUCCUCCUCAAUUUUCAUCGCCGCUCAGCCGUCCACCCCACCCCACCCCACCCCACCCCUCCUCCUCCUCCUCCUCCUCCUCUUCAGCCCCUCUCAGCCUCACACGAGAGGUCGAGUGUAGGAGAGCCUCACCUCUCAAGCCGUUCCGCUAAAAAUACCUUUACCUGCUCUUCUGGUGCUGUGGCGAAGCAUCCGUGCCCUGAAGCCACACACACACACUCACACACACACUCCGCUUGGACCCAUUCUCUUGUUACCAGCUCAACUAGCUGCUGCAGAGCCUCACCGUUUUUCCACAUCCUCAUAUUCCCCCUCAUGCUGCACAUCGUAUGGUGCAAAAGAGCCCAGUGUCCAAAUCCCAAGUCUUUGUGUACUGUGCCUUCCUACUCCCCCAGUCAGACCCCGUGGAUCCAGCCUGAUCUUACCAGAAAGUUAGCAGUUACUCCAAGCAAUAUCUGCUCAAUGUAUUGAUACCACCUGCUGUACAGCCAAGGUGACUAUGCUUUUAUUUGUCCAUUGUGUACUGAUAGGUUCCUUGAGUGUCUGCUUAUAUUCAUGUACAAGCUGUUUAUAGAGGCCAUGAUAUAAAAUCUUAUGUAUUAUUUUAAAUAUAAUGUAUUAGUCUUUAUGAUUUAUUUAUUUUGUUCCGGAUAAAAUCGUGAAGUCGGGGGGGAUUUCUUUUGUAUUAGCUCUUGGCUCUGGAUACCUCUACUGGACUCAGAUGCAUCUAUUUCUCAGUCAGAGAUCACCCAGUCUUCCGCCAAAAUGAAAUGAGAAAAAACAGACCCGCUCAUCAUCUCAUCAAAUUUGGCCAUCACAUUUUCAUCCUCCUCUUCGUCCUCAUAGUGUCCAUCAUCAUCAUCGCCCGUCGUCCUUCGUCGCCCUCUUUCUUUUCUUCUUUCUUCCCCCUCGCCUCUUCUCAUCCUCCCCCUUGGCGGCUUCCCAUGGUCACCAGGGCUCUGUUGAUUAAGCUGAGAGAAAUUGGUUGUCCUGGACCCAAUAACCCCUUUGAGCCCUGAGCACGUGUGUGUGUGUGUGUGUGUGUGUGUGUGUGUGUGUGUGUGUGUGUGCACUUUGGUUGCUGGCUGUGCUGGGAAGAAUGAAUGAGUGAGGGAGAGAGAGAGAGAGAGAGGGAGAGAGAGAGGGAUCUGGCUCUGGGGUCUAGUGAGGGUCUCCUGGUAAUUGAAAAGCUGGGGACGCUUGCUCCACGGAGCAGUGUGACCUCUAAUUGAGAGCCGAGCGAUUGAUUUCUCCACCGUGAGAGAGAAAGAAGGCGUGCUGGGCAAGUGGAGGAGGAGGGGAGACGGAAGGAUAGCGAACGGGGCGGGGGGGAGGGGUACCAGAGACCGAGCGCCACAGAAAGAGGAGAGAAAGAAAGAUAAAGCAUUCCAUCAGAGGGGGGAAGCUAGGUCUGACCAGAGAGAGGUUUGGGGCAGACAGGAAAAUGGAGGGAGUGAGAGAAAGGGGGAUGAGCGAUGAAGGGCAAGAAGAGUAGAGAACUGCAACACUGCAGUACACAGCAAAAAAGCCAGGCUGUGCGUUUUAGGUGGCGCUCAAAUGAUGGAGGGACGAGCUGUUUGUUUUCCUCAGCCCCUGGUAGCUGCCUGUAAGCAGGGCACUAUGUAAAUCUGAUUAAUUAUGUCGUCUUCUCUCGUGUGGUUGAUCGUGUUAAAUGAUAGUUUACGCAGUGAAACGAGCUCUCUCAGAACGGUACAUUCAGGAGGAGCAUGCAUUUGAAAAGACUGAAUUGGGAAAAGAAGUGGCAGCCACGUCAUGGCCGUAGCACUCAUCCUCAUUGGGCAACGUGUCCCCCCCGCCUCAGAUUCACAUUGACUGUUGGAAUAGCAAUCCGUCAAACCUGUGCUAACACUGGAACAAAAUAUAGACAAAAAGGGAAUACACAAGCUUCCGUAACACAAGUGUUUCAAAAAGGUCAAGCAGUCGACCUGUUCUUCUGUUUGAGCCAUGCAACAGCAACUUUUGCAAUAGCUCUGGGACCGGAAACAUUCAAUGCCUUUUACUAUAUAUCAACUGCUUUUCUGCCUAUUGCUAAAGCUUCUUUAUGAAGACUACUGGUCUAGUUUACAGUAGAUUUGAAGUGCAUUAAAAGAUGCAACACUGAAUAUGAGGCAAGGCUGUGGUUUGUGUGCUUACACUGAAUGUUAAUGAUGUACAUAGUUGAUAUGCAUGUCAGUACUGACAGAAAUAAAUUUAUUUUAAAAAUUG